AUGCUCUGGAAGUCCUUGUAUGCCAUUGCUGCCCUUGUGGCCACUGCUCAAGCUGACUCCAUCACUGGAUGCCACGCCCACGGUUCUGACUACUUCUGUAUCAACACCGACGGUGACGAAGGCCAGGUUCUGCCUGCUCCUACCGGUUCAGGCCCAAGCUCCUACACUUCUUGUCAUGCUCACGGUGCUGACACUUAUUGCAUGGACGGCUCCUCCGAGGUGUUGUUCGAGGUUGAAGGUGGCAGUGCUGCCAGCAGUGUGGAUGCUCAAACCACCGCGGUGACAGGCUGUCAUGCUCACGGUGACGACCUUUUCUGUAUCGACGGUGCCGGAAACGAGGGUGUCAUUACGCCUGCUCCUUCUGGUUCUGCUGCUCCUGAAUCCUUCACUGGAUGCCACGCUCACGAAACCGAUACCUUCUGUUUGGACAGCUCUGGAAACGAAUACCAGUUUGUUGCCGAAGAGGCUUCCAGCGGUAACGGUGACGAGGACGAUGAGGAGAUGGACUGCCACUACCACGCCGGUGUGCCCCACUGUGUGCCUAAGAGCGGCAGCUCCUCCCACUCCCACGAGGCCACCACCUGUGACGUUCCUGAAAACGACUACGACAUUCCCUUGAGAAUCGGCCUUAUCUUUGCCAUUUUGGCCGGUGACUUCAUUGGUGUCUACGCUCCCCUCAUUGUCAAGAGAUGGUUCUCCGACCACAUGGACGGCAUCCUUGUCACCUUGUUCAGACAGUUUGGUACCGGUGUUGUUCUUUCCACUGCCCUUGUGCACUUGUUGACCCACGCCCAGAUGUUGUUCGAGAGUGACUGUUUGCACACUGAGUACGAGGCCACCGCCACCUCCAUCGCCAUGGCCGGUAUCUUCAUUGCCUUCUGCAUUGAGUUCUUCUUGGGCAGAUGGUUGCAGUCCAGAAUCAACACUCUCAAGGCUGCUAACGGUGUCACUGGCUCCGAGGAGGAGGGCAGAUCUUCUGACGACGAAAAGGACAAGAUCAACGGCAAGAACCUGGCUGACGAGCACGACCACGAGGAGCACAGCCACCACCACCUUGACGCUGUUGCUAAGCAGGACAAGGUUGCUGUGGGUCUCUUGGAGGCUGGUAUUGUUUUCCACUCGGUUCUUAUUGGUAUCACGUUGGUGGUUAACCCUGACGACAACGGAUCUUUCAUCACUCUUUUCAUUGUCAUUUUGUUCCACCAGAUCUUCGAGGGUGUUGCAUUGGGUACCAGAAUCGCCGAGUUGAACACCAUCUCCAUCUGGACCAAGCUCGCCAUGGGUGCCGGUUUCGCUGUCACCACCCCUGUGGGUAUGGCCAUCGGUAUCGGUGUGUUGAACCAGUUCAACGGUAACGACCCCGACACCAUUGUCGCUUUGGGAACGUUGAACUCCUUGUCUGCCGGUGUUCUUUUGUGGGUUGGUCUCAUUGAGAUGUUGAACCACGACUGGCUCCUGGGCGGUCUCAUGAAGGCCCGCUGGUUCAAGGUUGCCGUUGGCAUGUUCGGUUUGGUGGCCGGUAUGGCCUUGAUGAGUUUCCUCGGUAAGUGGGCAUAA